AUGCAUAUCGCCAACCAUGCUGGCCUGAGCUACGAAGAGGAGGUCUCGCUGCGAACCGUCACCCGGCUGAAUACGUACGCGAUACUUGCUUCCGGGACAGUGCUGACGUACGAUACCCUGACGAGCCUCGACCUGGAGGUCAAGUACAUUUGGCAGGCAAAGUGGUCCAUCAUGAAAGCGCUGUACCUGUGGACGCGAUACAUAGCGUUUAUCACCCCGGUUCUUGCGCUCGUGUAUUUGCCCUCUAUUUUCUGGAUCGACGGAGUUGGCAUCGCGGGCUCUGAAAUUGUGCUCGCAGUGCGAACAUGGGCCCUCUGGGGCCGAAAUCGCAAGGUAGCCGCCGUCGUCGCGACCGUGUACGUCGGUAUCGUCGUCGGAGCCAUGACCACUUUAUACGAACUAUUCCAAGACACGCGGUUUAUAGUCGUUCCAGGACAUCCGGGUUGCUUCAUGAUUGGGAACGGUGUCAUGGCCAAGGUAUGUUGGGGCAUGGUGUUGAUUGGAGAAGCAGUUUGGGUUCUCCUUUUGCUCGUCGAGUCGUACUUCGUCUACAAGGCCGUCCGGAGCCUUCCAACGCUGUUCAGGAUUAUGUUCACUGACGGCGUCCUAUACUUCGUGCUAUUAUUUGUCGGCAUUGAUUACCUUUUCGCAGUGUUGGUCAUCGCCAUGAUUGCGCCUGGUCAAUCGAGUUCGAUACUCGACAUAACAAUCAUACUAAGCGUCCCUGGGCGCGUCGUAUGCACCGUUUUGGUGGCACACCUGAUACUUCACGUCAAAAGAGUAGCCGAUCCGGAGCUCAGACUGGGAGCGAAUCAGACGACGCUCGGUUUGACUAAUCCAUAA